AUGUCUCGAAGCGCCUUGAACACCUGGUUUGGGGGGGCGACGAAGGAGGGUGGGAUUGAAGGAGUUGUGACAGCUAUUGGGAUUGAAGGAGUUGUGACAGCUAUUGGGAUUGAAGGAGUUGUGACAGCUAUUGGGAUUGAAGGAGUUGUGACAGCUAUUGGGAUUGAAGGAGUUGUGACAGCUAUUGGGAUUGAAGGAGUUGUGACAGCUAUUGGGAUUGAAGGAGUUGUGACAGCUAUUGGGAUUGAAGGAGUUGUGACAGCUAUUGGGAUUGAAGGAGUUGUGACAGCUAUUGGGAUUGAAGGAGUUGUGACAGCUAUUGGGAUUGAAGGAGUUGUGACAGCUAUUGGGAUUGAAGGAGUUGUGACAGCUAUUGGGAUUGAAGGAGUUGUGACAGCUAUUGGGAUUGAAGGAGUUGUGACAGCUAUUGGGAUUGAAGGAGUUGUGACAGCUAUUGGGAUUGAAGGAGUUGUGACAGCUAUUGGGAUUGAAGGAGUUGUGACAGCUAUUGGGAUUGAAGGAGUUGUGACAGCUAUUGGGAUUGAAGGAGUUGUGACAGCUAUUGGGAUUGAAGGAGUUGUGACAGCUAUUGGGAUUGAAGGAGUUGUGACAGCUAUUGGGAUUGAAGGAGUUGUGACAGCUAUUGGGAUUGAAGGAGUUGUGACAGCUAUUGGGAUUGAAGGAGUUGUGACAGCUAUUGGGAUUGAAGGAGUUGUGACAGCUAUUGGGAUUGAAGGAGUUGUGACAGCUAUUGGGAUUGAAGGAGUUGUGACAGCUAUUGGGAUUGAAGGAGUUGUGACAGCUAUUGGGAUUGAAGGAGUUGUGACAGCUAUUGGGAUUGAAGGAGUUGUGACAGCUAUUGGGAUUGAAGGAGUUGUGACAGCUAUUGGGAUUGAAGGAGUUGUGACAGCUAUUGGGAUUGAAGGAGUUGUGACAGCUAUUGGGAUUGAAGGAGUUGUGACAGCUAUUGGGAUUGAAGGAGUUGUGACAGCUAUUGGGAUUGAAGGAGUUGUGACAGCUAUUGGGAUUGAAGGAGUUGUGACAGCUAUUGGGAUUGAAGGAGUUGUGACAGCUAUUGGGAUUGAAGGAGUUGUGACAGCUAUUGGGAUUGAAGGAGUUGUGACAGCUAUUGGGAUUGAAGGAGUUGUGACAGCUAUUGGGAUUGAAGGAGUUGUGACAGCUAUUGGGAUUGAAGGAGUUGUGACAGCUAUUGGGAUUGAAGGAGUUGUGACAGCUAUUGGGAUUGAAGGAGUUGUGACAGCUAUUGGGAUUGAAGGAGUUGUGACAGCUAUUGGGAUUGAAGGAGUUGUGACAGCUAUUGGGAUUGAAGGAGUUGUGACAGCUAUUGGGAUUGAAGGAGUUGUGACAGCUAUUGGGAUUGAAGGAGUUGUGCUCCCUGAUUGUGCACACGUGCAGGAGGUCACUAAUGAGAAUUCUCAAAAGUAA